AUGAUAUUUCGCUCGCGACUGUCGCUUCCUCCGGUUCCCGAAUCUGACGUGUUCAACUACAUCUUUCAUCGCAGCCGGCGAGACUACCCUCGCGGCCGUGUGCUCUACCGCGUUGAUGGAACCAAUGAACAGUUGACCCUGGCUGAGUUGGAGGCUCAGAGUCGACGUUUGGCUCGUGCCCUCCACGCUAACUAUAGCAUCAAACCAGAAGAUGUUGUCGCCAUCUUUGCCUGUGACAAGAUCCAGUAUCCUAUCGCAUACUUUGGGGCGCUGGCGGCGGGUGCUACUGUUGCCCUGGUCCCCGUGCAAGCAUCUACUGCCGCCAGCGACAUCGCCCGUCAUCUGAAACAGACCAACGCCCAACUGCUCAUCACCGAUACUGAUGUGCUUUCCCUGGCCGAGGCCGCAUCCGCCCUGCUAGAGAAGCAAGACCUGCCCCUGGUCACCCUCGACGAAACUGCCAGCAGUCAGUAUCCCUCCAUCGCUGCCCUCAUCACCACAAUCACGAGCAACUGCCACGACAACAUCUUCAACCUGCAUACCCAUGAAGCAGCUGACACCCAUACCGCCUUCAUAAACCGCACAAGCGGCUCAACCGGCAACAUGAAAUGUGUUCUAGUCAGCCACGCACACUUCAUCGCCACCCUUGAAGGCACACGCGCGACCAUUCCGGCCAACACUUGUCCCGACACAGAUACCUGGAUUUCCCCACUAUCACUCGGCUACUUCAUCAACGCGAAGUUGAAUAUGGGGCUGAAUAUCGUCCUGGGAAUCCCGGUCAUCCUAGUACCCUCAAAGCCAGACCUCGACGCCACAUCAGCCGUAGACCUCAUCUCCCGCCACCAAAUCACCUUCCUGUUCGUCACGCCUCCGCUAGCAGCACAGCUUGCGCGCUUUGACACAUCAUCGUCACAGACAAAGUCAAUAAAGUGGCUGCUUUCCGCCGGUGCCCCAAUCCAUGAAAAUCUUCGGGCGGCGGUAUCCCAUCGUUUCCACAAUAUCCCACUGAGUCUUGAACUCGGCACUGCUGAAACGAUGCUGGUCUGUAUUCAGUUUGACGAGGACUCUCGCGCCCCUGGGUCAACGGGUACCCUUGUGAGUGGAACAGAGGCCAAAAUCCUUGACCUAGCAACGGGACUGGAGCAGAAGGGACCGGGCCCCCAAAACGCGGGCGAGCUCCUUAUCCGCAACUGCCUCGCUCGGUACCGGGGAUAUCAGAACGAUGCAGUAGCGAAUUCCGCUGCAUUCGAUUCCGAGGGAUGGUUUCACACGGGGGACUUUGGAUACCUAGAUGAGAAGGGGAAUGUGUAUGUCGUGGAUCGGAUCAAAGAGAUGAUCAAGGUAGGCGGGGGAUACGGGGUGCACGUGUCAGCAGCGGAGCUCGAGGCGGUAUUGUUUACUCAUCAAGCUGUUGGAAGUGUGGUAGUUUUGGGAGUACGCGAGGAGCGGAAUCAAAGGGAUUUGCCGACAGCUUUUGUAGUGCCCAAGGGCAGUGAACAGGGGAGGGACAUGGGGGAGUUGCAGCAGGCCAUUGAGAGGUUUGCGGAGGAGAGGCUCACCGGCUUGCAGAAAUUGACUGGGGGUGUUUAUUGUCUUUCUGAGUUGCCCCGUAAGGGAUUCAAGGUUGAUCGGUCAGCUUUGAGAGAAUUGGCCAAGGUAUAG